UCUUGCCAUCAGUCGUGAAUUGAAUUUCAUACAGAGCGCAAGCAAAAUUUUAUCCUUCGUGAUCAAAACAGUUAGAAACGAGAGCCAAAGACUUGUACAAAUAUUUAUUACUGGACGGAUCCAGAUUGCCGACACUGUGUUCAUCGAAUCAGUAGGUGUAGUUAUCGAUUUUGUGAUUUUCUGGUGACUAGUACAAAAAAUACAGUGAAGGGCGCUGCCUGAUUCUGAUAAAUUGCGAACUAGCGGGACGGACAUUGAAGUGCUUGUUCAGUGCCAAGAAGCAAAUCGUCCAUUAAUCUUGGUAAUCCAGAGCGAGUGAAGUGAGUGAACACGGGAAAAAUCUGCGCGACAGGGGCGGAAAAUGAAAGUGGUAAACAUAAACAGUGUGAAUCAUCAGCAUCAUCUGGACAGCUUGCAGACGACGCUAAUGGAGGAUCCAAUCACGCCGAAGGCCACCUCUGAUGUGGCAGUCGAAGGUGUCUCCGGGCGGGAUACCGGUGGUGAUUGUCACGGCGGUGGCGGAUGCUGUUCGGGCAUUGUGCUCCCAUCCGGAAAGCCUAAUCAGAUUCAGGCUCUGCUGGAGCGUCAUGAGAAUCCACAGACUGCUGUCGCUUCCACCAGCACCACCAGCAGCUCCUCCACAUUUUCCAUCAGCGGGGAGUCCAAGCUGCUGAAGAACCUCUAUCUGUGCGGUGGAAGUGCAGCCAGUGUAUCGAUGAUGAAACAACUCGGCGUAAGUCUAGUGAUCAACGCAACGACUGAAUCGGAACUUCCCAACACUCCAUUGCCCUGUGAUGAAACGACCGGAUAUCUGAGGGUACCGGUAAAAGACAACCGAGAAGCCGAAUUGGAGCAAUAUUUUCAUCAAGUAGCCGAUCGUAUUGAGCAGGAAUCCCAAAGCAACGGUGUCACCUUGGUUCACUGUGUAGCCGGGGUAAGCCGAUCGGCAUCGCUAUGUUUGGCCUACCUGAUCAAGUAUCACCGGAUGAGUUUGAAGGAUGCGUACAACCACGUGAAAGCUCGAAGGCCCCAAAUUCGGCCUAACGUCGCUUUCGUUAAGCAACUGUCCGAUUUCGAGUUCAAACUCAAUGGAACCCGAUCGGUGUCGAUGGUGUAUUGCCACGCCUUGGACCAGGAGCUGCCAGACAUUUACGAGCCGGAGUUCCGUACGAUGGAACUAUUGUACCAAAAGUUCCGACGGAAUUUCGCAAGACGUUAGACAUGUUUCACUGUCCCAAUUGUUCGUAAUGUAUUCCCAUCACUCGUAAGAUGAUCUAUUACUUUAAGCUACUAAAAACUUAAAAUUAAAGAAAAAACUGACAUCGAUAGCUGUAGGUUAAGUCGUCAAAAUCGUUCAAAUAUUCAACCCUCAAGCUAAUACAAAACGUUAGUGUUAUUUACUCACGAGUAUUGAUUACAAUGUAUACAUACUAUCAUCUGUCGAUUCUGUUAGAGAGAAGCCCUGGAAUCCCGUCAGGCUCUACAUACCCGUCGUUUCUUUAUCGGAUGACUCUCAGCUCACGAGUGGGGUGAUUCGGUUUGAACCUAUUGCUUCCUAUUAGAUUCAUUAUUGUUUAAGACAAUUCGGUUAAGAAUACUAUACUCGGUCUUCCAAUUGAUCGAGUCAAUCAUCGAAUUCAAUUAUCAUAGAAAAUAAAUUCUAUAUUUGAUGCUUGUUAACUAUGAACUGGAAAAAUUGUAAUAUUUCAGUUCAUUCUGAUGUAGCUAAGCAGUGGAAAUAUAUUUUAAUACUUUUUAUAAAAGCGUACUUUUGGAGCAGCAGAUAUUAACAUGAAACCAUUACAAUUUUUCCGGGACAAUCGGAAGAUCGACUAUAUUAGCAUGUGAUGGUCCAAUUAUGUUAACGACACCACAAUCGUAUUUGAGUUCUAUUGAAUCGUUUAACUUGAAUUUAGCUAUUAGUUUCAAAUUUUGUAG